CAGCCAGCUACAAAUUUAUUUGAUAAUCUUCCUCCAGAUAACAGGCGGUAGACGGCAGCACAACAUUAUACACAUCCAGAUCAAAGAAGAAGAAGAAGAAGAAGAACUGUUGAGAGUCUGAGAAUGACACUCCACCAGCCCACCAACACCAACCAAUCUUCCACCUCGACCACCCCAUCCGGAAAGCCAAUCCCGCCUCGACAACGCAAGAUCGCCCUCCUCGGCUCAAGAUCCGUCGGCAAGAGCAGCUUGGCCGUCCAGUUCGUCGACGAACACUUCGUCGAAUCUUAUUAUCCGACAAUCGAACAUACCUUCUCCAAAACCGUCGAACUCAACGGCAGGUUAUUCAACCUCGAAAUCCUCGAUACCGCUGGUCAUGAUGAGUUCACGAUCUUGGAUUCAAGACAGGCAAUCGGACUCGAUGGUUGGGCAUUAGUCUAUUCGAUCAAUUCCAGGACGUCGUUCGACAUGGUUGCGAUCAUCAGAGACAAGAUCCUAGGCUUCAUUGGUGCUGAGCAUGUACCGAUGGUCUUAAUUGCCAACAAGACCGAUCUGGAAUCGCAAAGACAAAUUUCGAAGGAAGAGGGCCAAUCGUUGGCGGCUGAAUGGAAGUGCGGCUUCGCAGAGGCAUCGGCCAGGUCGGGCGAGAACGUGAUGAACAGCUUCCUGCUCGCGUUGAUCGAGGUCGAGAAAGAGCUCAACCCCGACGAAGCUCCCUCCGCCUCCGUCGGCUCUGCUCUCCCUAAACAAGCCUCCACCGCCGAUAAAUCCCGGGUCGGCACCGCUAAUGAGAAGAACUCGAAAUGCGAGAUCGUCUGAACUUGAACCCCUCUCUCUCUCUCUCUUGAAGAACAAAAAACAAAUACUUCUUCUUCCAUGUCGUAAUGUUCAUUCUUCUUCACUUGUGAAUUAACUUGUACUCCAUUCCAUCACAUACCCGUGUUUUUUUUUUAUUCCAAAACAAGAUCGUUAUUGCUUCAUAUUUCUGUAUGCUUCGCCCAUCCAUUUCUCCAUUCAUUCCUAGAUAUUAAAGACACCUACACAUACAUACAUAUCUGACACUGAAUAUCAUAUGCCCGUGUCCUCCUGAUAAUCCAGCUCCUAUUUUGACAUCCAUAAUAGUCUUUCUCGUAAUGUACAUUAUUGCUUUUGAUCCUAUACAAAAAGGCCCCCUUGAAUGAAAAAUGAAUUAUAAAACUGGCCUGAUUUUGGG